GCCUCGGGCGCCGUGGAUGGAGUCGGGCGGUGGCAGGCGAGCGGCGGCUGGUCGCCGGCAGCGGGACUCGCUCGGCCCGCGGGAGGUGGAGAGGAAGUUUCAGGAAGUAUAUAACUCCUUGCUUGGAACCAAAUAUGGCAUUAGAAAAAUGUCACCUACGAACAGCCUGUGUGCUCAGCUGCCUAAACCUGGAGAUUCAUACAGCUUCAAAAAGGGACUGCAAAAUACUUUCUGUGAAAAUAGUGCCAUUGAAGAUGUUUUAAAAUGUAAACUUUCCAAAGAUAUGCCAAUAUCAGACCUAUCUCGAUCCAAUAUACUGAAGCAUCAAACUGGAGAGGCAACCAAUUCUUGGAUCAAUAGCAUUCCAGCACCAAGCCUAAAUGUCAAACAAGUUGGUAUGAAAUGUAAUGAAUUUCCAGGGGGAGUAAAAUCAAGCAUGAACUCAAAUACAGGAUUUCAUUCUUCUCCUGUGAUGGAUCCAGACCUUCAAAUUCUGAGUUUCAGCUCUGCUAAUAAUGAUUGGAAUGAAGGAGGAAGCUCUGAAUUGUCCUGUGAUAAUGAUGAUGUUCUGUCAAUUGAUUCUGGAGAAGCUGUCAGAGAAACUGUGACUUGUAAGGCUUGUUCGAAAUUGCUUUUGAAAAUGAUCAAUCAGAAGAAAACCAUGUCAAAAAAAAAUAAACUUACAUUAAAGAAGAAAAAGCCUUACGAACCUGCCUUAUUAUCCUGUGACCAAUGGGUUUUGAAAAAGCCAUCACUACCCCGAAAUGAACUGCCACCAUAUAGAAGAAAAAUCCAUUCACUAGUAAAAUAUCUGCACAAAAGAGCUCAAAGCCAGGUUGUUGUAAAGAAGAGAAUUCAAUGUUGCCGGCCUCAUGUGUUUCUGCAAAGGAAUCUACGUCAUUGUAAGAGAAAAGUGAAAAAAUUCCUUCGUAAUCCUCGAAAGAAAAAUGGCAAAAAGAAGUUGAAAAGAAAUAAGAAAGAGCUCUUUAUUUUCAAGCUUUCUGAAAAUCGUUCAUCUUCCAUUGUUAUCUCAGACAGUGAAGACAGUGAAGCUGAGCCUCAGAUCAGCACAUUGAAGAGAAAGCUAAUAUCUGCUGUUAUGUAUGGAGAGAACCGGGCCAAAAUGAGACUAAUGGCUUCUUCUGAUGAGGAGGAUUUUUAUGGUUUCAGUGAAAAAUUUAACAGUUCUGAAAGAUGCUUAAAGAUUCUGCGUAGCAGAUUAACACAAUGCAAGAGUGGUAGCAGUAGUUCUGUGGAUACACCUACAUUUGAUUUAUGCAGGCCAUCUAAAUUUGGCGAAGAAAAAACUUCACCCAUCUAUUCAACUUCAUCUUCGGAAUCUGGAGAAAACAAGCUGUCGCAUCACUAUGAAAAUGAACUGGAAAGCAGGGAAGUGAACACAGUGCAACCCAGUUCAUCUUCCUCCAGCUCUUUUGGUUGGCUAAACCCAGGUGGGUUCACAUCUAUGAUAGCUAAGUUGAAAGCUCGAUCUGCAUUUUCUUCAGGUACUGUUGUGAAAGAGACAUAGAAUAUUUUUCUUUUUAUUUUAGACCAUUUUCCUGAUUGACAACAUUGGUGCCUAUCUAUGUAUGUCUAACUCAAGCAAAUAGAAAAAAUAAUUGUGUGAUUUCUACGUUAUGUUAAAUCUCCUCAGUAUUUUAAUCUAGGAGAAUUCAGACCACCUUUACAUUUGAUCUGUUCUUGUAUUGAAAAAGUCCAGCACUUUUGUUUUCUGUCCAAAGAUUAAAAAUAUAACUUUCCUGUU